AUGCUGCGGGAAGGGGCUGCCAUUUGCUGCCCCAGCCAGCGGCGCGCUGACCUGCCCAGUCUCCUGCAGUCGCCGGCGCUCGGCCACGGCCCCGGUCCUUGCAGCCGCUCCACCUCGGCUCCGCCCGUGGUUCCAGGGGCCGCCGACAUGAACACUGGCUCAGGGAGCGGAGAGGAGAAAGGGGUUGCCGGCAGCAGCAGCAGCGGAAGCGGUGGCGGCGGCGGGAGCUGCUGCCGCGGAGCCGAGGGCGGUGUACCGGACACGCGGAGCGCAGGGGCUGGAGCCUCGGCAGCGGUGACGGCGGCGGCGGCGGCAGCAGCAGCCGCCCUGGAGGAGCCUCAGGCCACGGGCCAGAAGGAGAAGGACGAGGCUCUGGAGGAGAAGCUGAGAAACUUAACUUUCCGGAAGCAGGUCUCUUACAGGAAGGCAAUCUCUCGGUCAGGCCUCCAGCAUUUGGCUCCAGUGCAUUCCCUCAGCCUACCUAUUGCCAAUGGUCCAGCGAAGGAACCCAGAGCAACACUAGACUGGAGUGAGAAUGCUGUGAAUGGAGAACACCUGUGGCUGGAGACCAAUGUGUCAGGAGACCUGUGUUACCUCGGGGAGGAAAACUGUCAAGUCAAGUUUGCAAAAUCAGCUCUCAGGAGGAAGUGUGCUGUCUGUAAAAUUGUGGUCCACACAGCCUGCAUGGAGCAGCUAGAAAAGAUUAACUUCAGAUGCAAACCAACUUUCCGGGAAGGAGGCUCAAGAUCUCCAAGAGAAAAUUUUGUCCAUCAUCACUGGGUACACAGGCGGCGCCAGGAGGGAAAAUGUAAGCAGUGCGGUAAGGGGUUCCAGCAGAAAUUCUCCUUUCACAGUAAAGAGAUUGUGGCCAUCAGCUGUUCCUGGUGUAAGCAGGCGUUUCACAACAAGGUUACCUGCUUCAUGAUGCACCACAUUGAGGAACCAUGCUCCCUUGGGGCUCAUGCUGCUGUCAUUGUCCCACCUACCUGGAUCAUUAAGGUGAAGAAACCUCAGAAUUCAUUAAAAGCUUCAAAUCGGAAGAAGAAGAGGACAAGCUUUAAAAGGAAAGCGAGCAAAAGAGGAGCUGAACCAGAAAAUAAAGGCCGGCCAUUUGUGAUAAAACCCAUCUCCUCUCCACUCAUGAAACCACUGCUCAUAUUUGUGAAUCCCAAGAGUGGAGGCAACCAGGGGACCAAAAUUCUGCAGAUGUUCAUGUGGUAUCUGAAUCCACGGCAGGUCUUUGAUCUUUCUCAGGAAGGGCCAAGAGAUGCGCUUGAGCUGUAUAGAAAAGUGCCGAAUCUUCGAAUCCUGGCCUGUGGCGGAGAUGGAACGGUCGGUUGGAUCCUUUCCAUCCUCGAUGAACUUCAACUCAGUCCCCAGCCUCCUGUUGGGGUUCUUCCUCUGGGUACUGGGAAUGACCUGGCUCGAACUCUCAACUGGGGAGGGGGUUACACAGAUGAACCUGUCUCCAAGAUAUUGUGCCAUGUGGAAGAUGGAACUAUUGUGCAGCUAGAUCGAUGGAAUCUCCACGUAGAAAGAAACCCUGAUUUACCCCCUGAAGAACUUGAAGAUGGUGUAUGCAAGCUUCCCCUCAAUGUUUUCAAUAAUUACUUCAGCCUUGGAUUUGAUGCUCAUGUUACACUGGAAUUCCAUGAAUCCCGAGAAGCAAAUCCAGAGAAAUUCAACAGUCGCUUUAGAAAUAAAAUGUUUUAUGCAGGGGCAGCCUUUUCUGACUUCCUGCAGAGAAGCUCCAGGGAUUUAUCCAAACAUGUCAAGGUUGUGUGUGAUGGAACAGACCUCACCCCAAAGAUUCAGGAGCUGAAGUUCCAAUGUAUAGUGUUUUUAAAUAUACCCAGGUACUGUGCAGGCACAAUGCCUUGGGGAAAUCCAGGAGAUCACCUGGAUUUUGAACCUCAGCGCCAUGAUGAUGGCUAUAUUGAAGUCAUUGGAUUCACCAUGGCUUCUUUGGCUGCUCUGCAAGUUGGAGGCCAUGGAGAAAGACUGCAUCAGUGCCGGGAGGUAAUGCUACUAACAUACAAAUCCAUCCCUAUGCAAGUGGAUGGAGAGCCCUGUAAGUUGGCCCCUGCUCUGAUUCGGAUAUCCCUGAGAAAUCAGGCCAACAUGGUGCAGAAGAGCAAGAGGAGAACGUCCAUGCCUUUACUUAAUGAUCCCCAUUCUGUCCCAGAUCGCCUACGGAUCCGAGUGAACAGAAUUAGUUUACAAGACUAUGAAGGCUUGCACUAUGACAAAGAAAAGCUCCGGGAAGCUUCUAUCCCUCUGGGUAUUCUAGUUGUACGAGGAGACUGCGAUUUGGAAACUUGUCGUAUGUACAUUGACCGCCUACAGGAGGAUCUGCAGUCAGUUCCUUCUAGUACCCAGAGAGUUCAUUACCAGGCUUUAGUCUGCCAGAGCCCUGGGACUGGUUCCUGCCCCAGCAGAAUGUGCACAAGAAGCUUCCUUCCCGGGAUAGAAGACUGCUUCAGAUCUAAGGAUCAGGAAACCUCUUUCCCCAGGGCUCUUUCAGCUCAGAGACUUUCCCCCAGGUGGUGCUUCCUAGAUGCUACUUCUGCUGAUCGCUUUUAUCGAAUAGACAGAGCUCAGGAACAUUUGCACUUUGUGAUGGAAGUUUCACAAGAUGAGAUUUUUAUUCUGGAUCCAGAUAUGGUGGUAUCACAGCAAGCAGGGACACCGCCAGGGAUGCCUGAUCUGGUGGUGGAACAAGCUUCUGGGAUGUCAGAUUGGUGGAACCCUGCUCUUCGAAAACGCAUGCUGAGUGACAGUGGGCUGGGAAAAAUAUCACCACACUUUGAGGUCUCCGAGAAGAAAGACGUCAGCCACUCACAUAUGCUACCGUCACCAGUCUCCUCAGAAGAUCAAGCACUUGUACAGGCAGUCAUAGCUGGAGAUCUAAUGAAGCUCAUAGAAUGCUGUAAGAAUGGUGGCAGUCUACUAAUCCAGGGACCAGAUCACUGUUCACUUCUUCACUACGCAGCUAAAACUGGGAAUGGAGAUAUUGUGAAAUACAUCCUUGACCAUGGUCCUUCUGAAUUAUUGGAUAUGACAGAUAGUGAAACGGGAGAGACAGCAUUGCAUAAGGCUGCCUGCCAGCGGAACCGGGCUGUCUGCCAACUCCUGGUGGAUGCAGGGGCAUCUCUGAGAAAGAGGGAUUCCAAGGGCAAGACCCCUCAAGACAGAGCCCAGCAGGCUGGGGACCCAGAUCUGGCUUCAUAUCUAGAGAGUCGUCAAAGCUACAAGGUCCUAACCCAUGAAGACCUAGAGACUGCAGUUUGACUCAGGUAGAAGGAAGAAGGGAACUCUGGUGAGAAUACCGACAAUGCCCCUUGGCAAUCCGGCAGCUCCUGAGGAAGAAACUGAUGGAAUCAAUGUGUCUAUCUUUGUCAUGCAAGAUAUCUAUCUGAGGACUGUGCCACCAGUUUCUAAGGGCUACUGAGAUGCACCACAGAAUACAAUAGCCCCCAGGGAAUGAGGCAGGAUUCAUGGAGGUUUGUGGAAUAUCUGGUCCACAAAAUUUGAUCCUUAUUGCUUCCAGCAAGUAGCAUGAACUUCUGUGUUCACCUGUAUAAUUUAUUUUAAAGUCAGAAAGGAUGUUCCUAUAAAUGGCACUGCUCCUCUUCCCCUUCUGCACAGAGCGGCCCCCUACAUCCACACAGCCCUACUACUGCUACUAUCUGUUGGUUGGUUUUAAAUGAAAAGGAUGUCUGUUCUCUUAACAGUGAGGCUUCCCAGCUAGUGUGGUUUCUGGAAGGACUUUCAAGGAGCUCUGGAUGGCCCACAAAAUCAUGACUCUGCUUCAGUUUCCUAUGAAUAAUUCAUCUAAAAUAUUUAGUGACUAGGGAGUGUUUUCCCUUUUUUGCAUGGGUUCCUCUCUUUCUUUUCCAUCUUAUGGGAACUGAGAAGUACCUUAUGGAAGAUGUUAACGGGUGUCAGAAUUGAGUCCUGAUAAAUCUCUGAGCUAUAGUGAGGGGGCAUGGGAACAUGUGCAUUUGAUUAUGAGGUCACUGAACAGGGCUUGAGGUACCUUGCUAAGGCACCCAAAGUGGUAGAUUGGGGUUUCUGGUCUCUGCCCAUGGCAACAAAGGAAUGAUUCAGCUUGGGCUUUUUUAAUAGCUGAGUACUGCCUAUGUGUAGCCAUUUUUGCCUUCUGGUGCAAUGGAAUUGGAGGAUGGACGGAACAAAGGCAGUCAGACAAUUGGCACAGCUCCCUACUUCUAAGAGCUAUGACAAAAAAAAAAAAGCAGACAAUCAUGAGUUUGGAAACUGUGGGAAUAGGGAAUGGAAUAUUGUGGCCGAAUUUAUUUCCAGACAUUUCUGAGAGUAGAGAACAGGCCUGUUUCAUGGAGAGGCUUGGCAUAAAAUACUGAAUUUCUAAGAAGACCCAUUUAAGCAAAAUGGCAGCCACUGGUCUUCCAACCAGUGCUACCCUAACCUACCAUCUUGAAUUCAGCUGUCUUAGGGAGCCUGCUGCUAGGUGUCUCCUCCAGCUUUUAGGGUUCUUUUAAUCACUCUAUUCUGAACAUAUUGUCCCAAAAAUGAAAGAACUACAGCCUCUGCACCUUCUACUUCUGUUUUGCUGCCACAAUUUGGCAAUAUCCAAGUUCCUUGACAAUUGAUUCUCUACCACACUGCAUGUCAGGUACUACAUCUUUAAAUCUCUUGGCUCUGUGUUGGCACCAUUAACAACCUCAUUUGGCAAGGGAAAAGAAGUGUUUUGCAUCCCCUUUUCUUCUUUCUCUUUCCCACAACCUACCACUGAAGAGAUCUUAGAAGGAGGGUGCAUGGCAGUGUUGCUUUCUUCAGUGGAGUAGGGCUGUUCCAUCUCCACCACCUCAGCUCAUACUGCACACACAGGUCUCUGUGAGUUUGUACUGACCAGGAUCUUAGUGCUCAUUAGAGCCUAUAAAAAUGCCUCUGGCAUUAGGGCAAACAAUCUUGGCUUUGCUUCUGUACAAGCUGCAGAGAUGGAACGUUUAUAAUUCCUUUACUGGGUGUGCAAAGACUUUGCUAUUGCCUAAAAGUGACCCUGUCUUAAUCUUCAUCCCAUCCCCUCUCA